AGCCUUAAGCAGCAGUAACGUUCCUCGUUACCAUAGAAAGGAAAAGAGAGAGAAUGAUUUUGAAUUUAAAAGACAAGACAACCUGGAUGCAGUUUCCACGCGUUGUCUUGUCUUGUGUUCCUUCUUCUUCAAACCCCUUUUGCUUCCUUCACUCAUCUCAAUGAUUCCCAAUUGCACUUUGAAAGAUCACUUCUUUUCAAUCACAAAGGGGUGUUGAAUUGAAUUGGAUUGAUGUGCAAUGCAGAGAUCACGUAAGGCUCUUCUUGAAAGAAGAGCUACGGAGAAGGCUACAAGUGGGAGAAACUAUCUGUAUAAGGUUUCUCUGUCAUUGGUUUUUGUUUUGUGGGGCCUAGUCUUCCUCUUCAGCUUAUGGAUAAGCCACAGCCAUGAUGGAUCUGGAGAAGUUCCAGUUGGUAUCUCAAAUUGGAAUGAAGAUGAGCACAAACAAUAUCAAAACUCUGAUUCGGCUCGUGAAUAUUUGACUAAAGAGGCUGAUGCCUACAUUACUUCUGGGACUUUUUGCUCUAAUGGUGCCAAAACUGAUGGUUUUAUUGGUGAGUCACUUUCCAAUGGAGAAAGCAUAAACUAUCUUGAACAUGGUGAUAAAGAAAAUUUCAUUUCUCCUAAUAUGGAGGAACAUGAAAUUAAGAGAUCUGAAUCUGUUCUGAAGCAUGAAAAUGAUGUGCAAAAAUAUAAUCGUUUUUCUCAGGCAAUGCCUCUAGGUCUUGAUGAAUUCAAGAGCAAGGCUAUUGGUUCCAAAAUUAAAUCAGGAGCUAGUCCAUCUGGAAGUGUUAUACAUAGAUUAGAGCCUGGUGGUGCAGAAUACAAUUAUGCUUCAGCAUCAAAGGGGGCAAAAGUGUUAGCUUCUAACAAAGAAGCAAAAGGUGCCUCUAAUAUUCUAGGCAGAAACAAAGACAAAUAUCUUCUAAAUCCAUGUUCUUCAGAAGAGAAAUUUGUCAUUAUAGAACUUUCAGAAGAAACCUUGGUAAAAACAAUAGCAAUAGCUAAUUUUGAGCACCAUUCUUCCAAUUUAAAAGAUAUUGAAUUGCAUGGCAGUUUGGUCUAUCCAACAGAUGCUUGGGUCUUCCUUGGAAAUUUUACUGCCUCUAAUGUGAAGCAGGCUCAUCGGUUUGUUCUUCAGGAGCCAAAAUGGGUGAGAUAUCUAAAGUUGAAUCUUCAAAGCCACUAUGGUUCAGAAUUUUAUUGCACAUUGAGCACAGUUGAAGUUUAUGGGGUCGAUGCCAUUGAGAGAAUGCUGGAGGAUUUGAUAUAUGCUCAAGAUAAGCCAUUCACAUCUGGGGAAGGCAACGGUGACAAGCGGGCAGCAUCACUCUAUCCUAACUCUGCCGAGGCUGAUGAUGUUCAGCAAAAUACUUUUGAAGGGAGCAAUUCUGACCCUUCUUCAGAAAUCUCUUCUACAUACCAAGAGGCUGUAAAUGUAAAUAGAAAUGUUCCUGAUCCAGUUGAUGAAAUCCGUCAACAAGUAGGCAGGAUGCCGGGGGAUACCGUUCUCAAGAUUCUGAUGCAGAAAGUUCGUUAUCUCGACUUAAAUUUAUCUGUUUUGGAGCAGUAUAUGGAGGACUUGAAUUCUAGAUAUGUCAAUAUUUUCAAAGCGUACAGCAAAGAAAUAGGAGAAAAAGAUAUACUUCUACAGAAGAUCAAAGAAGACAUCCAGAGUUUCCUCGACCGACAGGAUGUUAUAAUAAAAGAUGUUAGUGAUCUUGAUUCUUGGAAGUCCCAUUUUUCCGCGCAACUGGAUCAUGUACUAAGGGACAACGCUGUUUUAAGGUCUGAGGUUGAAAAGAUCCGGGAAAAUCAAGUAUCUUUGGAGAACAAAGGUGUAGUUGUGUUUAUUGUGUGUGUUAUUUUUUCAUUGCUUGCUAUAUUACGGCUAUCUUUGGAUGUAUUUAUGAGGAUAUGUGGAGUACUAAUUUUUGAUAAAACAAAUAACUCUGGGAAAUUUUGCAAAGGUUGCUCUUCCUGGUUUCUAUUGUUGAGUUGUAAUAUUGUUAUCAUCAUAUUGACUUUAUGA